AUGUUUCGUCCGCAGAUAAAAAAUGAGUUAACAUCGAAUGGCCUAUCACAGCCUGUCGACAAUAAAGAUUCUCAUGAUUAUCCAACAUUAUCAUUGUUCGAACAAACUCGACAGAAAAAAAUAAAUAUGCGCUUGUAUCCAAACUGGUCAUAUAAAAGUAUCAAACUUGCUGUAGAGGAUCUUGAUGCACAGCCAGCAGAGACCGUUGAAGCGAUUGCAAUAGAAAUACUUGGAAAACUAUUGAAACUCGGACGCCAUAUAGCAGAAGAAAAACGUCGUGCUGUUGACAAAGUAACCGAUGUGGUGGCACAAAUUGAUUUGUCUAGACCGGACUUAUUACCAAAUCAAGCGAACGUUAAUUAUUUGCUUAAACAACCGAUAUUUCAAACAGCUGACACUGUUUUAAAUAAUUACAAACGACCGAUCAAUAUUCGAUUUGAAAGUGGUGAGUUUUUGUAG